AUUCGUUACCACAGCAAACAUGUAAACUACAUCGCAAGACAGCUAAUGUCGAAUCGUGAUUCCCGAUAUAUAAGUGCUGGAAAUGACAUCAAUUUUUGACGAAUUUUCGACCUAAUUGAAUUGUUGUUGCCCUAGGAUUCAUUGGAAUUCCUUUACAUAAAAAACGGAGCAUUUAUUUUUUGGGAUUAGCACUGAAGCUGACUUAUUACAUCAGGGUCACUCCGCAUCAGAACUGCUGAACUGCGCUCAAUUCGGCAGCUCGAACAUUCCACCGCCGGACCUGUGGGUGCACGGUCCCGUAGCGACAGCCUGUGUCUGUGAGCUAGGGCCGAAGGCUGAGGCCUAUUUUGAUUUGAAGUGAAGACCAGUAGACAGCAGUGAAACCAACAUGAGCGUCAAGAGUGUUUUGAGUGAUAUGGAGUGGGACAGUGGGCUCCAAAUUCCUGUUGCCAAUCAGGAGAAUAAACUGCUCGAAGAACAGGUUGCCAAAGGACAGAAAGAGAAGGUGAAACUUCAAGGAGAAGUCGGCCAGAAUGAAGAUAGAGUUCAUGCAAUGUCAGAGCACAUGAGGAAUGUCCAACAGGAGCUCAACCAAACACAGAAUGUUUGCAGAGCUAGGGACAAAGAGAUUGAGACAGAAAAUCACAUGAAGCUGGUAGCCCAGAGGGAGGAAGGGCGACUGAAGCAAGAGAUUGUCAGGUUGGAGAAUGACCUCGGUGACAUCAAAGAAAGAAAGAAUAUCCACCAGAACACAAUUUUCAAGAACACACAGAAGUUGGAGGAGCUGAAGUCGCAAUUGAACUGGGAUCAGCAAGCCCUUGAAGCCUGGCUGGAGGAGUCUGCCAGAAAGGAUGAAGACUUCAUGACCAUCACCAAGUACAGACAGAUUGAUGAUGCCAAACUCAAGGAAUUGAGAUUGCAGAUGGAGAGAAUGACAGAGACUUGUCAGAAGCGAAAGAAGGACUUAGAUUCAGAAAUGACAGAAACACUGACUGCACAGUUGGAGAUGGAUAAGACUGCUGAAGAGUUCCGCAAGGCACACAAUGAUCGUCAGCAACUGAUCGAACAAUGGGAAUCAACCAUUGAACAGAUGCAACGGAGAGAUAGAGAGAUGGACAGAUUAGCCACGAAACUCGCGGAAGCCAAGUCAGACCUGAUGGACCAUGAGGAAAUGGUGAAGGAGAAGCAGCAGUUCCUGGAGAACGAGAUGGAGAACAACCAGGAGCAGACCAAGAAGAUACAAGCCACGGAUCGACUGGCCGCCCGACUCCGUCUUGACUACCAAGAUAACGAGAACCAACGGAUCCAGUUUGCUGAUGAGUUGGAGACCUUGAAAUUCACCGUUGAGAGGACAGCCACUGACCUUGAAGCCAUGAGAAGACAAGUCAAUGAACUCAAGAAGGAUGUAGAAAAUAAGAAAGAGAGAGUGGAAGCCGCCAAGAGGCACCGUGGUGAGCUGAUGAGUAAACUCAAGAUGGCCACCGACCAGUCUCUCUCUGCCGAGGAGAUGGCCGCCGUCAUGGACACCAUGCUGCAGGAUGAGGAGACCACAUUGCACCUCUUAGAGCAGGAACUCAAGAGGCUUCGGGAUCUACAAUACAAGAGGUCCCAGGAGCUGUAUGAAGCCAAGACGGCAGAGAAGAACACCAGUGCAGAGAUCCAAGGGGCCAGAGCAGCAAGUCGCAAUCUAUCAAGCCGUAUCAACAAGAUGGACCACGACUCCCUCAAACAGCAAGAAAUCAUUUAUAACCAGGAUUUUACAGUUCAGCAGCUGGAGCGCAAAAUUGCCCGGCUGGAAGGAGAGAGAAGCACUGAGGAGAUGGACAUGCUCAACGCUCGCAUCAAGGAACUCACGGACUUCCUGGAAGAGCGUAACAACACUCAUGGUCUGCUCAGUAAUCAGCUGAAGCGAUUACAGGACGACAUACGUCGGGUCAAGCGUGACCUCGACAAGAGCGGGGCGGAGAAGGCCGACCUUACAAGCAAGAUUGAGGAGCUCAACCUGCAUAAUGAUAGCUCAAAUCGUGAGCUCAAACGCAUUGUCAGGAACAAACAGGACCAAAUGGUAGAAGAGAAUAUUCUCAAGUUGGAGUUGAAGCGGCUUCGAGACAUCCUCAACUCACGAGCAGAUGAGGUGCUGACUCUCGAGAAACGUAGACUGCAGCUCGAGACGGCUAUGAAUGAGAGACGGAAGGAAAUCACUAUCCACAAGGAGAUGUUGAGGGCGCAAUUGAAGGCUAAUGAGGAGGAGCGCGGUACAGUCAGUUCCGAGCUCCACGAUCGCAUUGCCAAAAUCGACAAGCUUCGCAAGAGGUAUGAGAUUCUAAUGGUUACCAUGGCACCACCAGAAGGUGAGGAGGAUCGCUCUCAGGCAUACUAUGUCAUCAGGGCCGCCCAGGAGAAGGAGGCCCUUCAGAGGAAAGGAGAUGAACUGGAUGCCAGGAUCCGUAAGGCGGAGAAGGAGAUCAAAGCCUUGGAGAACACGCUCAGAUUGAUGAACGGACGCAACGAGCAGUACAGGAAGAGCUUCAACAGGGUUACUGAAACCAGUGAAGAGUUCGAGGAGAAGCAACGUCUAGAGGAACAGCUCAGGGCCGCCAUGGACAAGUACAAGUAUAAGAGAAGACAGAUUAGAGAGCUACAGGAUGAUCUGCAGACCAUGAGUUCAACCAUGGAGAACCUAGGACGGGAUGAGAGCGCUUACUCAGAGAUGAUCCAAGAGAAAGAGAACAAGAAGCAACAGCUGACCAAGGAACUGGACGAUCAAAAGGUCAAGAUUGAGAGGGUCAUGAAGCAGAUUGCUCGCUACGCCAAGGAGCUGAGGGUCAGUCGUAAGGUCAAAGGUGAAACUCAUGAAGAGAAAGACUUUGAGUUGAGGGAACUGAGAGAGUUCAACAAGAACGUGAUGAAAAUGAUGGGCGAGGUUAUCCAUUCAUACCCUGACAUAUCGCCAACAGCUCAAAUGCUAUUCUCGCAGGCUGGUUUACCAGUGCCACCCCCACCAAGUGCCACUCAACGCUCCUCCAGACCGGGCUCCGCAUACAGCAGUCGCAGCCUCACCUCUCCAAAGACGCCCUCUUCAGUUCGGAGUGGUGCAUCCAGCCGAGCCAGCAGCAUUGGUUUGAAGACGGUGGACGUCGGAGGGUUCGGGAUGUCCGGUAGUCCUGCUGGGACGCCCAAGAGUGGACGAUCGCCCGCUGGAUCAAGAGCAGGCAGUCGGACCAGUAGCCAGGGCAGUCUUCGAAGUGGACGUCACUGAAGGAAUACUGAUUGGGAUAAAGGACAGACUCUGAAGGGGGGGGGGGGAGGGUCUUGAAAAUCAGUGGAUCUAUCUAUCUAUCAGUAUCAAGUUGUAGAAGUUGUAGAGACUUUCAGGAUUGUCAUUUAAUGGUCACAUUGAUCACAUAUUCAUCAAAUCGGCAGUAAUUGCAAUUUCUUUCAAAUCAAUCUUGUUUAUGAUAAAAAUGACAUAUAGCAUUUAUGAGGCGCCGAUUGUCAAGUUGAUUAUUCAAUGACGCAGUAAAUACUAUAUGUUGUAUUCACAGUUAGGGUCAAUAUAAAGGGGUCAACUCUUCUUUAUUUAAGUGGAAUCGUAAAGUUGAUUGCAUAUUUUGGCAAAAUUAUCAGCUAAUGUAAGAGUCAUUUUUUUUUUAAGAUGAAAGCAAUAUGAAUAUACAAGGUCAUAGUGUAUGAAAAUCCAGUUAAGCACACAAAGCAACAACAACAAAAUGUUGCCAAAUUGGAGAAAUUGAGCUGUGUAUUUUUUAUUUUGUUAAAUACCCUUGCAACCGAUGAAUUGUAGCCAGUAAAAUAUUAGGGAAAUAGGUAGGGUAAGAAAAUGAUAUAUGAUUAUUAUUAUUAUGGAUAGAUAAAAGCUGUGUAACGAGUUCCUGUUGAGAAAUUCAAUUUUAAGAUACAUUCCAAAUGAAACAGAAGUGUUGUGUGUGUUUGAAAGAGAGGGACAGAGAGAGAGAGAGAGAGAGCGAGCUUCAAGGGGAGGAGGAAA